CUUGAUGGGAUCCCUUCCCGGUGGCGUUUUUAAAUCGUCAACGAGAGAUUAGGCAGUACUUUACAGGCGUGUCAAUGACCCGCAUAUGAAACGUCUCAGGUGACCAACUCUUACAUUGGAAUUUCCGCUUUGAAGUCUGAAUUACUGCUGUUUGGCUUCGAAGCGAGAAAAAAGAGGGAUGGGAGGUGAUUUGGAAUCUAUAGCGGAGGCCACCUCCGGAGCCAUUGGAGCUGUAGUCAGCACCACCAUCUUGUAUCCACUCGAUACCUGUAAAACCAAGUACCAAGCCGAGCUUCAAUCUCAUGGUCAGCGAAAAUACAGGAAUAUAUCAGAUGUUCUUUUGGAGGCAUUAUCAAAGGGUCGGUUCCUUUCAUUGUACCAAGGUCUUGGAACGAAGAAUCUGCAUUCGUUCAUCUCUCAGUUUGUUUAUUUCUAUGGGUAUAGUUACUUUAAGAGACUCUAUUUGGUAAGAAGUGGUGGUAGAUCCAUCGGAACAAAAGCCAAUCUGAUUAUUGCUGCUGCUGCUGGGGCUUGUACUGCCAUUGUGACUCAACCACUGGAUACUGCAUCAUUAAGGAUGCAAACUAGUGCCUUUGGGAAGUCCAAGAGCCUUUGGAAAACUCUCACUGAGGGCAGCUUGAGCGAAGCAUUUGAUGGUCUUGGAAUAUCGCUUUUAUUGACAUCCAACCCUGCUAUUCAGUACACAGUUUUUGAUCAACUCAAACAACAUCUGCUGAAAGACCAACACACAUCAAAUGGGAAGAAGGGUUCAUCAUCCCCAUUAGCCCUUUCUGCAUUCUCUGCAUUUUUAUUAGGUGCACUCUCAAAGAGCAUUGCCACCAUCAUUACUUUCCCAGCCAUUAGGUGCAAAGUUAUGAUUCAAGCCGCAGACAUGAAUGAUGGAGGCGAUAAUAAGAAGUCCAAACGAAAACCAUGCAAAACACUGCUUGGUGUUGCUGGCUCUAUCCUUAGAAAUGAAGGGAUUCUCGGUUUCUUCAAGGGAUUACAAGCUCAAAUCUUGAAGACAGUGCUAAGUUCUGCAUUGCUCCUGAUGAUAAAGGAAAAGAUUUCUGCUAAAACAUGGGCACUCGUUCUUGGACUCAGUAGGCUCAUCAUUGUCAACCAGAGGAGGCUAAAGAACUCAUAGCUGUAAUGCAGCAGAUGGUCUUUCAAGAAUCAAUCUGCAUGCAAGGGGUUUUAUGGUAAACAGAGAGAAAAGUAGGAGACAAGGAGACACUUUUUAUUGGAAUACACAUCUUCUGGUCAUAAAUGUCAUGUCAUGAAACUCGAACUAAAUAGAAUAAAUAUGACCAAUGUCCAUGAUUUCUUUAUUAUUGAAUUAGAGAGGUAAGAGUCAUUGAUAUGAAAGUCCAGUGAAACAUUAUAAGUUUAGAUUAGAGGUAGUAAUUGGAUGAUUGAUGAUCACACAUCCAGCUUUUUUCACCCAAUGUGGUUAUGAGGGUGUGUCAAAUAAGAAUGCACUAUAGUGUACAUUUUAAUGUCUUGAUAUGCACUUUGAGUUGGUCCUAAAAAAUCAUUCCAUCCAAAACCAGACUCCCAAAUUCAC